AUGACGCCGACGGACUUGUCGCCGCUGCCGGGCGUCUCGGCCGCCGUGCACGCCGCCUUCCCGGCGCUCGUGGCCAUCCCGCAGCUCGUGGAGGAGAUCAGCGCCAUGCUGGACUACUCGGCGCUCUGGAGCCUCGAAGACGCGAGCUCCAUCGGCGACUUGCGGCUGGUGAAGCGCGUGGCGGCCCACGACCAGCAGCGCGCAACGGCUGUGGACCCUCCGCCGUCCGAUCUGGCUCGCCGCGCGUCGUUCUCCGCCGCUGUGGCCGAGGCCGCCGAGGAGGGGCAUCUGGCAGUGUUCCAGUGGCUGGUGACGCACUACGUGUCGAACCGUUGGGACGUGACGGACGCCAUGGUGCGCGCGUCGAGACACGGCCACCUGGACGUCUUGCAAUGGGCGCAGAGCCACGAGGAGCUCGCGCGGUUCCAGUGGACGACCAAGAUGAUGGUAGUGGCGGCUAUCGAGGGCCACUUUGACAUUGUGCGCUGGCUGCACGAGCACUCGUCCGCGCCCGGGUCUCCGCACGUGAUGGACUGCGCAGCGGAAGCGAUGGACCUGCCAAUGCUGCAGUGGCUGGCGGUGAACAGAAUGGAAGGCUGCACGCCGUACGCCAUGGACAACGCAGCGCGCAAAGGGAGCCUCGAGAUUGUGCAGUGGCUGCAUACCCAUCGGACGGAAGGAUGCACGACCGGCGCGAUGGACGGAGCCGCCAUGAACGGACACCUCGAAGUGCUCCAGUGGCUACACGCCAACCGCCACGAAGGCUGCACAGCGUCGGCGCUGCACUGCGCCGCGGUCAAUGGGCACGCUGACGUCGUGCGAUGGCUGGACGAGAACGUCGCGGUGGGCAACCGACGCCGCGCCUUCGCGUCUGCAGUGCGCUGGGGCCACCUCGAAGUGGUCAAAGUGCUGGCCAAGUACUGCUCCGUCAACGCCAGCGUGGACACGUCACGAGAGCUCGCGGCUGCUCGUCGACGGGCCGAAGCAGAGCUGCGCGUCUCAGAUACGUCGAGCCUGCUGCGGGCGAGGAGGGAGCGCAUCCUGUACUCGCAGCGGAUACUGGACGGCCCCGCCGAGGAGAACGCCGUGUGGUACGGCCACCUGGAGAUACUGCAGUUCCUCUUCUCGAACGGCAUGGUGUCCAAGCACGGCCGCUCCCGGGCGGAGCUGGCUGCGACCGCGACGGCGCGAGGCCACGCGACUGUGGCGCAGUGGCUUUUAGACUUUACAUCGGCGUAA